CUGAACCUCGCCUGGCAAAACGUCGCUGUUCACCGAGGCGAUAUUCGCGAUCCUGGCAGCUUGGCAUGGUGCAUCAACAUCUUGAGACUUUCUCGGCUUGGAAGUGACAAACCGGACUACAAGCUCAUGACUUCGCUGUUUACUCAGGUUCUCCAGGCUAAUUUACUCGUUUACUGGGAGAGAGAAACUGGG